GUCUGACUUUAAAUAAUGAGUUCUCCAGCGGAGAUGUGGCAUUUUAAUAUUAUGAUCGAUGUCACAUGUACUGAAGCAAGCUUUUAAGACAUUUUCGUCCAGCCACAUUGGACUGAGGGAGUCUUAGCCAGCUUGCUAAGUUAAAUAUAAUAAGUUAUUUAAGUUUUAAGUGUGUAUUAUCCGUGUUAUAGGCUCAUCCCGUUUUUGCAUCUUUUGGGUUUGUUUGUGGUGCGAUAACCAAAACAUGCUCGUGGAUCCAUCAGACUAGAUUGUCUUGAGGACAGUGAGAGUAUGACUGUUUCAGAGAUCAAACUCUAUAUUGGUAAGCAGCAUGCCGCCAAGGAAGAGAGCCCUUGUCCCCGUCAGUGCGAGAAGAAGAGUCAAGUCUGAUGAAGAUUACUUCCCCUUUAAUUUGCUUCCAGUAGAGUGUCAACUACAUGUGUUCUCAUUUCUUAGUGAGGUGGACAAAUGCAACUCAGCACUUGUGUGUUCCAGCUGGAGCUGUCUUAUCCGCUCUGGAAAGCUCUGGAGAGUAGCAGACUACUCUCGUCGUGGGGUCUUCCACCUCGGCCAGGAGGGGCUGCUUGUGUCUAAUCGAGAGUUUGAACGUUGGAAAGCAUGGGUUCACCAUUACACGCACCAUCUCAUAUCCCGUGGGGCAAGUCUGCUCACUCUCAAGGCCAGUUUCGAUCUUGGAGACCAAUGCAAUAAGUGGGGGGAGCUCCUGUCUCACCUUCUUGAGAAUGUUCACUGCAGGGAUCUAAGUCACGUAGACUUGAAUUGGACUUUCACGCUGCUGGAGCCUCUGGAUCUCCGUGUUCACACCAGCUCCAGUUCCCAUCAGGACAGCAUUACAAAGAUGGACCAGGUAAAUAACUUUCAGAUCCUGCUCUCCAGACUGGCUCAUAGCUGUCCAAGGAUCACAAAGAUGCGCCUGCACUUUGACUGGUCCGAGACAUCUGUGGCUCUCAUUACUCAGUUUCAGCACCUUCGCGUGUUGGAGCUGAAAUAUUUCUGGGUAUUCAAAGGAGUUAGUCCAAGCACUUUACAAACUCUGACUAAAUCGCUUCCAAACCUUAAGUCCCUGACUCUCCACGUUCUUGUGCCACUGCGGAACCUUGGAAUCUCCUACACCCUGGAGUCACUAUCCCUGGAAUUUCUGGAUGUGUCACCUAGUCGUGGUUUAGUAUUCUCUUGCCUCAAACUCCCUGCACUGCGGGAGUUACGGGCUAAGAAGAUUGUCAGGGGUAUAACUCUCGACCGCCGAACGAGGCUCAGGAUACAGAGCAGGUGGCCGUGCCUGUACCAGGUGCUACGGGAGGGGACGCCCAAACUUCAGGCCCUCAACAAUGAGCGCCUCCUCCCCAGCUGGAGGGAGCAAAGUUACAUGGAGCUAACCUCUAUCCUUCAGCAGUCCUGCUAUUGCCUCCAGCAUCUUGACAGCUGGCUUUGGUAAAUGGACUCUGUGCAAGUUAAAAUCAUCGUCUUAAAGUGAUGAUUGAGUUGGAAUGCAGUGGUCGUAAUCA